AUGGACACCUCGUACCCGCGGGAGGAGCGGCCGCGCCCCAAGCGGGGAUCGCCCCCCGCCGCCCCCCAGGCGCCCCGCGACCACCUGCUCUGGGCCAUCUUCAACACCCUCUACAUGAACUUCUGCUGCCUGGGCUUCGUGGCGCUCGCCUUCGCCGUCAAGGCUCGGGACAGGAAGGUGUCCGGGGACGUGGAAGCCGCUCGUCACUUCAGCUCCAAGGCGCGGUGCUACAACGCGCUGGCCACGGCGGGCAGCGUGGUGCUGCCCCUGCUGCUCGGGGCCCUCAUUGUCACCGGCGUCAUCCACCUCUCCAAGCUGGCCCAGGACUCCGUGGGCUUCUUCACCUACCAGCUCAGCGGCAGCGACGACGAGGACCAGUGA